UCGGCCGCCAUGUUGUUUCAACGCGUGUAUAGAACUGUCUUCUAUAAUAUCCGUUGUAAUCUAGUGUUUUGACUUGUGAACAAUGCUGCAUCAAGCUCGAUGGCUGAUGCUGCUCAUAGCAGCCGCACUAGCACUGCAGUCGAGUGGCGAGGGCGGCAUUCGGCUGCCCGACCAGCCGCCCAAGGAAGAGACUGAGGGACGCUCGCUCAACUUCGGGAACGACGACCGCAGUCGAUCGCCCCAAGCCCAAGGUCGUGGACUUCUGGACUGGAUCGGGCUAGGCGAAGACCAAGACCCAUACAUCCAGCAGGCCACGCAGCAGUGCAUCAACGGAGACCUGGCCGACUGCUUCAAGGCUCAAGCCUUGAGGUCAUUCGACGACUUCUUUGAUAAGCAGGCUUACCAGUUAUCAGACAACGCGUUGCUCGUCAAAGUGGAGUCGCAAGCGAGAGCACUAGUCCACGAACCUCCGACGCUUAGCUCCCAGCCCAGAAGCGAGGAUUCCGACUGGGAUGCCCUGGUCAAGUUCGGGAUGAGGAAGAUCGAACGAUUCCUAAGAUCAACAGCUCUAGAGAUGCACCUGGAUGAUGACGUCACUUCCAACGGGGUCAUCGCCCCCAGGUUCCUGGACGAGAUCGCUGAUGAGGUCGACAUCAUCGAGGAUAAGAAGGCUCCUCCUUUCCGUCGUCAUAAGCUAAAGAAGCUGAUCAUCCCGAUGCUGUUGAUCCUGAAGCUGUUCAAGCUGAAGCUGCUUCUCUUCCUGCCCCUCAUUCUAGGCUUGGCUAGCUUCAAGAAAUUCCUAGGAUUCAUGGCCUUGAUCGUCCCAGGUGUAAUUGGCUACUUCAAGUUCUGCAAGCCCAACCUCAGUUCACCCUUCUCUUCGUCCCACUACAAGGGCCCCCAAUACUCCCCUGCUGGCAUCGGCUUGCAAAGCCCUUACAGAGAGGGGCACUCGCCAGCGCAAUAUGGACACUAUGACGGAUACAUUCAGGGUGGUCACAAUUAUGGCUCCGGAGGUAUCUCCUUCAGGGAACAAGACCACAACCCUCAGGAUCUCGCCUACCAAGGUUGGGAGUACAGGAACAAGAAAGGUGGUGAGGACAUCCAAGCUGGUAAUGCGUAAGA